CUCCAGAAAACCCCAAAGACAAUCCAAAUUCCCUCCCUUUCUUUCUCUUUCCAAACCCAAAAUAAAAAAAGCAAGCGAAAAAGCGUAAGAAAAUAUCUAAUGCCCCAAAAAUCGCCCUCUCUGCCUCAGAGAAAGUAAAGUAGCAAUAAUGUUGAAAACGGAUUUUGAAUCGCAGAAGAACAGAUACAGGGUGUUUGGGAACAUGGCGUUGGUUGUUCCGAAGGAGCUUGACGAACUCGAAAAGCCUUUUUCUUUGCAUUCUCCAAAGCCUUUUGAGAUCCGACUUCAAGUUCCCGAUUUGAGAGUUCCCAUUAGAAAUUUCUUGAGGACUAGAGAAGUUGGUGAGUUUCUUAGUGGAGCUUUAGCUGGGGCUAUGACCAAAGCUGUCCUCGCUCCUUUAGAAACUAUCAGGACCAGAUUGGUGGUAGGUGUUGGAUCCAAAAACAUAACUGGUAGUUUCAUUGAGAUCAUUGAGCAGCAAGGUUGGCAAGGACUGUGGGCUGGAAAUGGAAUCAAUAUGCUUAGAAUAAUUCCUACCCAAGCAAUUGAGCUUGGAACAUUCGAGUGCGUCAAGCGAACAAUGACAUCAGCACAGGAGAAAUGGAAGCAGAUUGAAGGCCCAAAAUUACAAAUUGGUCAUGUUAAUGUUAACUUUUCUCUUUCCUGGGUUUCUCCAGUUGCUGUGGCUGGUGCAGCUGCUGGAAUUGUUAGCACACUUGCAUGCCAUCCACUUGAAGUUCUCAAGGAUAGGUUGACCGUUAGCCCUGACAUAUACCCUAGCUUAAGCAUUGCAAUUAGCAAGAUUUACAAGGAUGGUGGUGUUGGUGCCUUUUAUGCUGGUCUCUCCCCAACUCUAGUGGGCAUGCUUCCAUAUAGUACUUGUUACUAUUUUAUGUAUGAAAAACUAAAGAAAUCCUACUGCCAAUCGAAGAAGAAAAAAUCUCUAAAUCGUCCGGAGAUGCUUGUAGUUGGAGCGCUUGCUGGUUUUACUGCUAGCACCAUCAGCUUUCCCUUGGAAGUUGCCAGAAAACGGCUAAUGGUGGGAGCUUUGCAGGGUAAGUGUCCACCUAAUAUGGUAGCAGCACUUGCUGAGGUAAUCCGGGAUGAGGGCCUCACGGGUCUGUACAGAGGGUGGGGUGCUAGCUGUUUAAAAGUAAUGCCCGCCUCAGGUAUCACCUGGACGUUUUAUGAAGCCUGGAAAGACAUAUUGCUUGUUGAGAAACGCAUAUUAUGAUGGCUCUACAAAAACAUCUCCCGUAGCUAAACUAGUCGACACUCCUCUCUUUAAAGUGCAAGAGGAUGCUGUGCUAGCAUGGUAGUAGACUCAGGGUUGUUUGUGGAAGCUCUGGGAUGGCUGAUGAUAUUUAUUAGUAUCAGCGCCCAUAUAUAUAUUUUAAUCUGAAUAACCCUAGCAAUUUCUACAAAAUUCUUUUUUAAUUUUGUUCCGCUGAAUUAUCAGGUGACCUCCAUUGUGGGGAUAUAUUGAAUAUUGACAUGUACCCACAGAUUUCUUUUAUCACAUGAAAUUUUGAUCAA